AUGUAUUCUCUUUACUCUAUAGAUAGAAAGGCGUAUGACGAAUGGGAAAUAGACAAAGUAUUAAAAAAGGUCCUAAAACAAGAAGGAUUGAUGAUUCAUGAUAUUCUAAAAAAGAUUUCUCGAAACCAGACCCCAAAGUUUCCUGAUGAAAUGCUUGAAUUAUUUAUUAAAGAGCAUUUGACAAU